AUGAAUUGGUUCAGUGUGUGUUUAUUAAGUCUAGCCAUUAGUUUAACGUCUUCAAAUAAGAGUGGUGAAGAUUUAAUCAAUCGUGAACUACGUUGUGAUUUCGUUGAUUCAGUCAACAUAACCGGUGGUAUUGAACAUCAAAAUGGCAAGAUUAUAUUCGAUGGCAUCGAAUAUUCGGAAGAUCAAUAUGCAGCGAUCGAUUAUAUUUCGGAAGAUGGUUUCAAUCGCAUUAGUGUUCGUGGAUGUACUUGUAAUAUAAGGCCUUGUGUUCGACUUUGUUGUCCACAUGGAUCAUUCGUUGAAAGUAUGGAAUUCGGCCAAGAAGUGGAAUGCCGUGAAGACGAAACAGCAAAGAAUCUUCUCACCGAAGUGCUGGAUGAAAAUGGACGCACCAAUAUCACAAAUCUAGAUCAACAUUUUGGCUACGUUAAUCGAAUCUGCGACUUUCACUACUAUGCAAAAAACUUUGUCAUUACACAUACAGGGCAUGUUUUGGUUGACAAUGAAUUAUUCAAUCAUCGUGAAUAUUGCAUUAGAGUCACGCCCGGUCGAACGAAAGCCGUAAAUAUACAGGUGAUGCUUUGUAUGAAAGGAGGUCCAGAUGUGCCAAGUACGAGACAUUCCAUUUUGCCCUACGCGCUGUUAACGUCGAUACCAUUCUUGAUUGCUACAUUUUUGAUUUACAUUUUCAUACCGGAGCUACGAAAUUUGCACGGCAAAUGCUUUCUCAGCUACUUGCUAUGCCUGAUAAUGGUCGAUACUUCACUCUCCUUGGCCGAGCUCGUUGAUCCACAGCAAAUGGAAUGGCCCAUCCGAAAGGCAUAUGGUAUCCUCACCUAUUUUGCUUUCUUCUCAUCCUUUUUGUGGUUGAAUGUGAUCAGUUUUGAUCUCUGGUCGAGUUUUCGAUCCAUCAAGAAUUUUCGAGCUUUUUCGGAGCGAAAACAAUCCAUUUUGUACAAUGUUUAUGCCUGGACAUUGUCGUUGCUAAUAACCAUUAUGGCCAAUGUAUUGGACUCAAUUGAAUCACUUCCUGAUUAUCUACGCCCGGGCACUGGAGUCGACACGCUCUUUCUUAAAGAAAAUUCAAGCAAAAAAAUUACGUUCUACUACAUCCCACUUAGCAUUAUUCUGGCGGUAAAUGUGGUAUUUUUCAUUUUGGCUGCACGACGAAUUCACAAAAUACAACACGAUGAACGGCGAAAAUCGGCAAAAGGAUCUAGUCAACGACAAAACCAGUUGAUCAAAAUGAAAAACAGGUAAAUAGCUCGGUCAAAGUUCAUUCGCAUGCUAUUCGCAUGAUUGUGUUUACUUCCGAUUCAUAAAUUCAUGAAAAACUUCUUUUGUUCCCAAAGUUACAUGCUUUAUUUGCG